AAGCAGCAUGCCGCGCAUCGCGCACACAUGGUGACUCCGAUCUGGCCGUUCUAUUUUUCGGCUCCGGAAUUCGGGGACUGAAGUCGAGACCUUCCGUAGUCACUAUCAAAUAUCGUUCGAUCCCGGCCGACGCUGCAAGUCGGGGGCGACUCAGUCGUGAUGAGCAAACAUAGAACCUGCUUCGGAAUCUCCUUCGGCAACACAAGCCUUUGCAUAGCCGUGCAGAAAGAUGGGAAGACCGACGUGGUCGCAAAUGACUCGGGCGAGCGUACCACACCCGCCGUGGUAAACUUCUCCCAAAAUGAAAUCUGCGUUGGCGCGCUAUCCAAGAACCGUCUCCUGCGCCAACCGCGGGCAACUAUCCCUGGAGUGAAGCGCUUCCUCGGCUCGACGGACGCUUCCCUCUGGGAUCUGUCCGCGCACAUACCGUGUGAAGCCCACGAAGGGAGUCUCCGCUUCACUGUGACCUAUGAGAAGGAUGACGAUGAACUUUGUGAGAGGAAGGUCACCACCGAAGAAUUGAUAACCUAUCAAUUGAAGAAACUCCACGAUAUCGCUCAGAAUCAGCGUAAUGACGACUCGUAUCCCUGCGUGAUAUCCGUGCCUACAUCGUUCUCCGAAGAACUCCGUAAAGUGGUCAAAACUUGCGCCGAAAAUGCUGGUUUCGACGUCCUCCGAGUGAUCAACGAACCGUCUGCCGCCGCUCUCGUGUACCUGAACCGGAAGGAGCCCACGAUAGAGUCUCCACAUAUUCUAGUGUACCGUCUCGGAGGAGAAUCGAGUGACGUCACAAUACUGAAAUACAAUGGCGGUAUACAGCAGAUUAUUUGCUCAGAGAGGAUGAUUUCGACCGGAGGACAACAGUGGACUGUCGAAUGCGCAAAGUACGCCGCGGAGGAAUUCAAGAGGAAGACCAAGGUUUCGUGGGAUGAACUGUCACAGCGUUCAAAGGGCAAAGUUCUGGCGGCAGCGGAAGAGGCGAAACACGUACUCUCGACCAUGGAGAGCUGUGUCUGCAGUGCCGAAAGUAUACACGAAGGCUUGGACAUGAACGUGCAGUUGACGAGAGCGCGUUUCGAGAAGUCCGCGCAGAACCAUCUGCUCCGAGCGAAACAGAAUAUAUUGGACGUCCUAGGGACCGCGCAAAUCACACGGGAUCAAGUGAACAUGGUGGUUCUAAGCGGUGGGGGUUGUCGGAUGGUAUCCAUACAGAACAUGAUUGCGUCGGAGUUCCCAUCUGCUGAGAUUUGCAAACGAAUCGCUCCCGAUGAGGCCGUCGCCGUCGGCUCGGCCAUCGAAGCUGAUAUCCUCUACUCAAGACAAGUGGCUUGCGAUGAGAAGCACCUCAAACGAGCGAUCAAACUGCCCACCUUGUCGAAGAAUAUUGACAUUCAACUAAGAGAUGGCUCCGCGGAAACCAUACUCGCGAAAGGCACCGCUACGCCGUGCAAGUUCGAAGGGCCCAUCCUACUAGGCGAUGACGAAGCAUCAGUGAAGAUUCUGCUGCUACAAGAAGGUCUACCUCUGGCGAAGGUCGUCAUGGCGGAUCUGAACGACAACAGCGACCUGACGCUUUCUGUCGAGGUCCUCGAGGACUGUACGCUUCGCUGCCAAUGCGUCGACAAAACGACGAAUCGGAUCGAGAGCAUUAUCGUCGAAUAA